UCGGGGAGGGGGGAGAAAAAUGAGCGAUAAACGCAGGGAUUUUAUGAACUAGCAACGCAUUACCUGAUAGGGCUAAAAUUAGCCACAAAGUUCGGCUCCAGUUUACAGCAGUAGUAGCGAGUGAGUGUCAGGAGUGAGAUGAUAACAGCUGUGCAGAGUUCAGCUGGCUCAGGACAGCCUCGGACACUGAGAGCUGAGCAGAAGUGAACAAACUGCGGAGCUGCUGCAGCCGAUGAGGCGGGGCGAGGUCUGUCGACACUACUUUUUUCCUCCGGUCGAUGCGUCUCAGACAUUCUCGCCAACAUGCCUCAAGCAUGACAGCAAACUGGUUUAGCUGGGUGACGGGGGAAAAGGCAGUGUAAGAGCAAACUUUCGGCAGGUCACACCUGGACUUGGAAGCUCGGUACAGCUGUGAACAACAACACGGUGAAGAAAGCAAGAUGACUGCUGUGAAGUUUAACCGACGGAGAGCUUGACGGGUACACCAAUGAGACCACAGUAUGGCGCGUCGCUCUCAGUGUUCCUCUGCUGGGGAUAACCCCCUGGACCCCAACUACCUCCCUCCUCACUACCGGGAAGAGUACCGCUUGGCUAUUGACGCUCUGGUUGAGGGGGAUUUGGAGGGGUACUAUGAGUUCAUCCAAAAGGCGGAUGUGGUGGACUUUCUGUCCACACCUGAGAUUCAGCACAUUCUGGGCUCCGUUCAGGGUCCCCAGCUGAUCGGACACCCUGAACAGCCUUUUCUGGAGAGCGGGGGAGAUGGAUCCUCAGACACUUACUGGCCAAUUCACAGCGACCAGGACGUCCCAGAUUUGGACCUCGGGUGGCCCCACUUGCAACUCUUCAGUGUGCCCACAGAGGUUACCACUCUGGUUAACCCCCCUGAGCCAGACAUGCCAAGUAUCAAGGAGCAGGCCCGGCGACUCAUCAAAAACGCUCAACAGGUCAUUGCCAUAGCGAUGGAUAUGUUUACCGAUGUUGACAUUUUUGCGGAUGUCCUUAACGCUGCCAUGAGAAACGUUGCUGUCUAUAUCCUUCUAGACGAGCUGAAUGCACAUCACUUUGUGAGCAUGGUAUCCAACUGCAGAGUAAACCUGCAGAGCAUUCAGUUUUUACGAGUGAGAACAGUGUCUGGCAGCUCGUACAAGUGCCGCUCAGGCAAAUCCUUCAAAGGUCAGAUGAUGGAUCGCUUCUUGUUGACUGACUGCAGGGCUGUGCUGAGUGGAAAUUACAGCUUCAUGUGGUCUUUUGAGAAACUACACCGCUGCAUGGCGCACCUGUUCUUCGGACAGCUCGUGACUACCUUUGAUGAAGAGUUUCGGAUCCUGUAUGCUCAUUCCCAGCCACUGAUUGUUGAAGAUGUGGUUCCUCCAGUGGAAGACAUAAAUCCAUUACAAAAGAGGGAAUACGCCAGUGAAAGGCUAUCACUGUACAGGGAGCCUAUGAGAACUCUACCAGCAGCUGAUUCUAGUCAACCAGAUGAAUGGGCCAGACAGUCCUGUGAUGAACGAAUGGAUGACGAUUGGAGGAGGAGGCCCUUUAAGACUAAGGAACCCCUGCGUGGACCUGCAGAUUUGUACAAUAGGUUUCCCUCCCAGCAACCACACAUGGACCCAUCAUUUGAUCAGGGACGUGUCAGGAUUCCACCGAUGGAAAAUCGACCCUUUAAACAUCCUGGCUUUGCUGAAGGUGUUCAAGGAAGAUAUUCUUAUCCAUUCCUGCAACCUCAGGGAAUGCCAGAACCUGAGUCCCAGGGGAGGCAUUUUUACAGGGGCCAGCAGCCUUAUCUAGGACCAGCACCAGGACCAGAAGCAGAUUACAGCUCUGACAAGUUCUGGAACCAAGGUUAUCUUUCAAGAGAUCAAUACUCUGAAUCUGCUUUACCACAAGAGAUGCAACCCCCUGAUUUUGACCCAGUUUUUAACUACUUGUCAUCUACCAAAGACUAUGAUCAGAGCUCAGAGAAAAUGCUGCCUGCAGCAGAUUUUAGUUCAUCUCAACCUAGAAGACUGAGUUUAGGCCAUCCAUAUACAUGCCAAACCUCUCCCACGCCCUCCAGCCACGCUGAUCAGAGGCAGUUUCUUCAGGAGUCUAACAGUGACCGCAAGGAUCCCAUGGUUAAAAAGGGGCUGCGAAACUGGAGGAUUAACUCAUACCUUAGUGCAUAUGAUAAUUCAGGAGAUGAAGGCCUGCCAGUGGCACCACCUCAGGCCCCAGAUCCUUUUGAAGAGCCCCGUAACACCAUGCAGAAAACCGCACCAGGGGUCGAUUUGUCAGGUCCUAAAAUCCCAAAUGUCAGAGAGUUCAAAGUUCCUGUUAUAUCCAGGGUGAGUCAGAUACCAAAUUAUGUCAAAACAACUGCCAGAGAACAGCCUAAGGUAUUGACCGAUGAACCUCCUGCAGUGGCAGAAGAAACCAAAACAACACCAUCAACAUCAGAGCCCCAAACCACAAACGAGGGGGAAAAGAGGACAGAGGAGGCAGAACAAAAUGAGCCAAAGACUUCUGUUCUUCUGAGGAGGAAAUUAAAUGCUGGAGGAAUGAGCAGGUGCUCCAGGUUAAGAUCCUCUCUGAUAUUCAGCUCUCUAGACCAGCCAGCUCCUCAGGAUAGCCAAACUACCCCUCCUGAGCAAAAGGACGGAGACAUUGAAGACAGUGACAAAACUGAAUCUGAAAAGAUAAAACUACCCUUUGUUUCUCAAGUUCUGGGACAAAGGAGAACUGCUGCUAGAGAACCUUACGAAUGGACUCGGUACCUAAAGACAUCCACAGAAACAUCAAAACCAGACAAGGAAAGCAGUAAAGGAGAUGAUAAAAAUUCAUCAAAGCAAGAAGAUUCAAAAGACGUUUCUGAAAAGCGUGAGGAAAUAGAGUCAGCAAAAGUAUCCCAUGUAGAGCAGCCUAAUCUUUCACCGUCCAUGCCUCGAUCCAAGCUUUCUGAAGCUGAGCUACCCAAAACCAAUCAGCCGGUACAACCACCUAAACCUUUAGCCACCCUUCUACCAUACGCAGAUAUGAAUGAUCCUGAUGUAAGAUUGAUGUUUUUCAAAGAGUUGGCAGCAAAACGCAAAGCUGAAGCAGCCGCAAAAGCUGCAAAGGGCAAAGGAAAAGAUCCGGUGAAACCAGAAACUGAACUAAAAGUCAACAGUGGUGUCAAAAAGGAGGGACCUGAACCAAGAGAAUCCUCAGAAGACAUGGCUUCCAAAACUGAGGGGGAAAAGAGUGCUACUGCAGACGGUCAGUCCAGUCAGUCAGCUAGUGUGUCUUUAGAAGCCAGUGAAAACAUUAACCAGCAGGACAGUCGGAUCGAAAAUCACUCCAAUACCUCCCAGAGCUCUAAAGAACAAAAUAAAGUAGCAGAAGAUUUAGGCACAACAAAACUGGACAACAGUCAGUCAGCAGAUCUUCUUCCUGCUUCCUCAGAGUUACCUCUGAACAAAUCACCACAAGAACCCAUGCUGUCAGAUCCUGCUGAUGACAAGAGCAGCCCCAGUCAUCCACCCACAAAUCCUGCUCCCGCUAAUGUUUCUUCACUUACACAAAGUACUGAUAAAAAGGAAAGCCCAAGCCUGGAUUCUACCUCAAAGGAGUCUAAAUCAGUCUGUGCCAAUUCUGAUGAAGGACUUUCUGCGUUGGCUUCUCACACUCAAAAUCCUGAAUUGACUCAGUUAGCAACCAGCAUCUCCCCUCCUGCAGUAACAUCAACAGUUGACACCUCUGACCCAUCAAUGCAGAGAUCCUCCUCUGAGAAUAAUCUGCUAGAUUCUGGUUCACAGAAAAGUCCAGUUUCGUUAUCGUCCAGUACACCUUCUCUUUCCACCACUGAAGAGAACAGACUUUCAGAAGAUUCCAGCUCACCCCCUGCUUCUGGCAUAUUAGCUUCAAAUGAUGAUAAAACAGAGGCACAUGACUCUAUGAGCUCCUCGCCAAAAGGAUUAGCAGAAGAUUCUAAAUCUAAAGAUAUGAGUAACCAAACUCCUCUAGAUUCCUCUUCCAAGUUGCCGUCAUCCCAGACUCCUUCAGCAACUGACUCUGUACAUAUGGAAUCUGGUGUUUCUCCUGAGGUGUUUGUUAGUGGUGCUGAGCCAAGCUCCUCGUUACAGUCCACCACAAGCGUUUCUGGUGCUACAACUUCCACAGAAAGGUCAGAAAAAGAUAUUUCUGAAUCAGAGAAAGCCAAAUGUAAAAGAGAAAAAGAUCCUUCUGAAGCAGAGAAGAGCAUGACUGAAUCAGAAAUACAGGUUUCUGAACCAGAAAAAGAUACCUCUGAAACAGAAAUAGGCAUGCCUGAAUCAGACAAACGUGUAUCUGAAUUAGAGAAAGUCGUGUUUGAAACAGCUAUUUCUGAAACAGAAAAGGCCAUUUCUGCGACAUCAGACCCAGGAAAGGAUACUUUGGAAUCAGAGAAAGGUGUUUCUGAAUCAGAAAAAGACAUUUCUGAAACAUCAAAAUCAGAAAACGAUAUUUCUGAAUCAGAAAAGAACCUUUCUCAAGGAGAAAAGUGUGUUUCUGAACCAGAAAAAUCUGAGGGAGCUCUGUCUGAAACACAAAAUGCCAUUUCUGAAAAACAAGAAUCAGUAAAAGAUAUUGACUCUGAAAAGAGCAUUUCUGAACCAGAAAAAGAUAUCUCUGAAUCAGAAAUGGGCACGUCUGAAUCACAGACAGCUGUUUUUGAAACAGAAAGGGCCAUUUCCGAGACAUCAGACCCAGGAAAGGGUACUUUAGAAUCAGAGAAAAGUGUUUCUGAAACAUCAAAAUCAGAAAAAGAUAUUUGUGAACCAGAAACACGCCUUUCUCAAGUAGAAAGAUGUGUUUCUGGGUCAGAAAACAUUGUUUCUGAACGAGAAAAGUCAGAGAGAGCUGUUUCUGAAUCAGAGGAAGGUGUUACUGAGACAGAAAAAGAAGUUACUCAAUCAGAAAUUGGUGUUUCUGAAUCAGAAAAAGCCAUUUCUGAAACAUUAAAAUCAGAAAAUGAUAUUUCUGAAUCAGAAAAGAGCCUUUCUCAUGUAGAAAAGUGUGUUAAUGAAUCAGAAAACAUAGUUUCUGAACGAGAAAAGUCAGAGGGAGAUGUUUCUGAAUCAGAGAUAGGUGUAUCUGAAACAGAAAAGGCAAUUUCUGAAAAGCCAGACUCAGAAAAGGAUAUUUCUGAGUCUGAAAAAACUGUUUCUGAAUCAGAGGAAGGUGUUGCUGAAUCAGAAAAAGACGUUUCUCAAUCAGAAAUUUGCUCAGUUCAAAAGCCUGUUGCAGAGGAUUCUUUGGUUCCUGAAUCUCCACAACAUGUCAAAGGUGAUAUCAUACCUACCAGCCCUUCUCCACCUGAGCCAGGUUUACCUGAGAUAAAAGAGCCCACUAUUACUGUACCCACACCAACAGACACUCCAGCCGAGCAUUUGCCCUCAGAAUCAAGCUCCACUGUCAUUACAGACUCUACUCUUAAUGCUUCGCAGUCAGAAACAACUGCAUCUCCUCAAGACGCACAGAUACAAGCAACCCCUCCCUCUGACCUCAACUUUACUGGAGCUGAGGCACCAACCCCUGCUGAAACAGGAUCACGUUCCUCUCCUUUGUCUGAGUCAGUUGAAUUAGUUUUGCCCCCUGAAGCUAAAAAAGCAGAAUCCAACAUGUCUGCAUUGCACACUCUCGCUGAUACAAAUUCCCUUUCCAACCAGACUCCAUCAGAAUCGGAUAAAGCCCCCAAAACUCCCUCUAGCACAAAUGAGCCUACCUCAGAGCCACCUGUGCCUGCUGAAAAUAGUAAAACAGAGCCUGAGCAACUGGACACAGGCGGGAGAAACUCAGAUCAUACCCAGGGUACAAAGGAAAGCAGUGCCAAAGAGUCUGUCGGCAGUGAGAAAACGAAUGACCAAAUACAGCAAAGUAACUUUUCUGAAUCAGCAGAGAUCACAUCCAAGCAGCCCAAAUCGAGCCAGUCUCGCUACCACUCAUCCACAGCCAACGUGCUCUCAAGCAGCAACCUCAGAGACGAUACCAAGCUGCUCCUGGAGCAGAUUUCCGCUAAUAGCCAAAGCAGGAAUGAGGCUACCAAAGAGUCUCCUGUUACCGAUGACGAGAAAGAAGACAAAGCUGACAAAAAUGCUAAAAGGGAGAAAGAGCGAGGACUCGAUAAACUAAACAAAGAGCAAAAAUCACCUCAGGAGCGAGAAAAGCUGCUGGAGAGGAUCCAGAGUAUGAGAAAGGAGAGGAAAGUUUACAGUCGAUUUGAGAUGACAACUUAAAUGGGAUCCAAAGAAAGAUGAGAUAUUAAAAGGUGGAUACAGGAUGUGUAGAAGGAAGUGAAAUAAAAUAAAUAAAAAGCUGGCAAAGAUAUUUAUUAGAAAUGGGAUUUCUCUUCUGGGUUGUAUGGAAAACAAGGCUUAUCGUGCACAGAAGAGUCAGGGAACGUGUACUGAAGCGUGAAUUUAGACAAUAUGCAAGUUAUUGCAAAGCCGUUGUCCCAAUUACGUGCUCAACAACGAGCUUCUUACUGUGGCUGAAUCAUCGAGUUGCUCCCAGUAUGAACUGAGAGCAUGUGUGCGGGAUCGAACAUGUUUUUACUGACUGCAGGGUAACGUGCAAUGUGUCAAACCAAGUUUCUGUGAAGAGGCCUUAUUGACGUAUUUUUUACAACACUGACAGCAGCGUCAGCUAGUUUUAUGACCAGAUGUUUGAGAACUGAUAAUCUACAGUGGUCAGAUUUUGUAAAGCUGUAAUAUACUGUAGUUUGUAUUAUAAUGGUUCACCUUCAUCUUAAAAAGAUGAUAAUUACAUAUAUUUGGAAGUAAGUGUAAUUUGUGGAGGCACGUUCAUGCUGGUGUAAAUAAACUGUAACGUUUUUCAUCCUAAACAUGCAACCGAAAGCGAGGAAAUGCACACGACAUGUCGACAUGUAACACUGUGUCAUUUUUGUUUUCAGCUGUCGAAAGCAAAUGUCGUCGAGGUUAAUGAUGAAUAUUCAAAAGUGCAUCAGGUUUACUUCAAGGUCUUGUUUAUAUAAACCAUUCAACGCUUUUUCAUUUACACAUUUUGAGGAACAAACCCCAAAAUCCAGCGUAUGAAGCUUUUUUAAGUGUUUACUUUGCCCGUGGAAAGCCAAAACAAUCUGACAGUAUGGGGAUGUAUUUUAUAAUCUGCUGAAACCAGCCUUUUAAUUGUCUUUUAAACUUUUCUGUACCCUGCAGUCUUUAAAUCAGUACCUGUUCUGCAUGUCUGUUGAAACUGAUCUUGAAGCUGUGAAGAGUUUACAUAAGAGUAUGUAGAGCUGAGCGGUGAAAGUGAGUUCUCACAGAUUUACAGUAUCAUACCUGUCUUCAUCACCUUUUGCUGUUUGUAAAUAAAACUUCUUAAAUAUAUCGA